UUUUGAUAUUCUUUACGACUUCAUACGUCGUUUUUUUGGUUUUUGGCAUAGAAUAAAAAUCAUUAAGUCAGAAAAAGAAUAGGAAAAAAUUCCAUCCUUCAUCUCAUUGAAUUAUUGUUUUUAUUGAUGUAAAAUAACGUCGUGGGCUGUUUAGUUUAACAUUUUAAGUGCUAAGUUUCGCAAGUUGAGUGUUAUUAGUUUUUCUGUAAGCUGCUAUAAACUUAGGCAAAUAUGGAAGAUAAUUCGUCUAGCGAUGACGAGGUUAACGAAUCUACUACAAGUCGAAAAAUGAGUGGAAAAAAGUUAAAAUUAAACGACGGGAGCUCUCAAAACAGCACUAAGGAUGCAGCUGCGGAGGGUAGUAAUAAAGAAGAGGUGGUAGACAGUGGUAUAUCCCCUGAUAAAUCUGAAAGUACGAGUAGUGAUGAUCUUAUGUCCGCUUCUGGACCUUCUAAUGUCGUAGUUAACGUUGGUACAUCUGACAAUAUGGUUCGGGUUAUGAUGCAAAAUCUUCGUCACCCCGGUCGCGAUAGAAAUUACAGAAAACGAAAGACUCCAGACUCAGAUGAGUCUUCCACGGACUCUGAUGAUUUCUCUAGUGAAAUGGGUGUAGCCCAAUACGAUAAUAAUGCUGAUGAAGAUAUGCAACAUCUUUUAACCAUUAUUCACCAGGAUUCAUCAAGUUCAAGUUCUAACAACAGCAGUAGUACAAGUGGAAGCAGUAACAGUUCGUAUAGCAACUACAGCUUUGAGAGUGAUAAUCUCAACUUCCAACCAAUGGACUCGAGUGAUGAUGAUGGCCUCUGGUCUCACAAUACCGGCCUUAAUGCUGUCCUCCAGAAUGAAGAAAUGUUAGCAAACAAUGCAGAUGGACUAUUCGGUCCACUUCCUCAAGUGCUAUUGAAGGAUAAGCCUAAACAUGAUUAUAUGAUUGUAAAGGAAGUAGUAAACCGUGAGAUGGGUCUGAAUUUUCCCAGCGGUAAAACAUCACAGAGCCCAAUGAAGUUUGAACAGAAGUUCUACGGGUCACUUCAUGCAGUUUACAGACUCGAGAAGCUGCAUAGUCUCAAUAAACAUAAUGGAUGUGUUAAUUCUAUUAAUUUCCACCCUGAGGGUCAUCUUCUAGCAUCGGGUUCUGAUGACACAAAUGUGAUUGUUUGGGACUGGGCCCGCAACCGUGCUCUGCAGACCAUCAAGACGGGGCACAGGUCUAAUGUAUUUCAGAGCAAGUUCCUCUAUCUCAAUGCUCGGAGUCAGCUGAAUAUUGUCACAUGUGCCAGGGAUGGACAGGUAAAUAAAUACCAAAGAGAGCCAUACAUACACAUAAUUAUAGUAAACUCAAAAAUUUUAUCAUUGGUGCACGUGCGCCACGACGGGCUGACAGUGCCGCUGUACAGCGUGGACGUGGACUGCACCGGCAACAAAUUGCUGGUGUCGGGUCGCGACCGCUACAUGCACGUGUACGACCGCCGCCGCCCCAGUGCGCCCGCCGCCUCCUACUGCCCCUUCCACAUCGCCAUGAUAAACAACAAGAAGCGACAACAGCCGCUGAAUAAGCACCUCACCUGCGCGAUAUAUAACCACGACGGCACCAAGAUAUUGGGGACAUACAAUGACGAGGACAUAUACCUCAUUGAUACCAAAAAAGAUGAAUACAUCGAGGGCAGCGACAUGUCUGCGGAGGACGCGGUGGGGUACCGGCGGCGCUACACGGGGCACCGCAACAGCGCCACCUUCAAGGGCGUGUCGUUCUUCGGGCCGCGCAGCCAGUACGUGGUGUCGGGCUCCGACUGCAGCUACCUCUACAUCUGGGACGCCGACAGCGAGGCCAUCGUGCAGUGGCUGCAGGCCGACGACAGUGGAGUCGUGAACUCCAUAGAGGGGCACCCGCGCUUCCCCGUGCUGGCCACUAGCGGUCUCGAUAAGGACGUCAAGAUCUGGGUGCCCACACGGCAGACUGACCCUGACUAUGAGGGCAUGGAGAAGGUGGUACGCGAGAACAGCGUUACAGUCCGCAGUCCGCUGUUCAACGACUUCCUCCCUGCGAUAUACAGCGCGUGGCGCGAGGACAACCCGCACGCGCUCGGCAGGAACCUCGACUUCGACGGCAACGCCUGCAGCGCCUUCUAGAACACUCUCAAACAUUGUACGAGCUACGACAUUCUACAAUGUUGUAGAGUCAUCUGGAACAUUCUAGAACGUUGUAAAAUUAUCUAGAACAUUCUAGAAUGUUGUAAAAUUAUCUGGAACAUUCUAGAACGUUGUAGAUAUUACCUGGAAGAUUCUAGUGUUGAAGAAUUACGUGGAACAUUCUAGAAUAUUGUAGAAUUAUCUGGGACAUUCUAGAACGUUGUAGAAUUACCUGGAAGAUUCUAAUGUUGAAGAAUUAUCUGGAACAUUCUAGAAUGUUGUAGAAUUAUCUAGAACAUUCUAGAACGUUGUAGAAUUACCUGGAAGAUUCUAGUGUUGAAGAAUUAACUGGAACAUUAGAAUGUUGUAGAAUGAUCUUGAACAUUCUCACACUGUUUCUAUACAGCUCUAGUACAUAGCCUUUUAAAUUUGCUAACACAAUUGUAUCAUAUUUACUAUUAUUCUUAAGAGGCUUUGUUACUUUGCUUAUGGGACCCCCUUAGUGUCCAUAACAUUUCGACAGUAACUGUAUAGUCGAAUGCAACAGAAAUAAUAAAUUAUAACAAAGCAAUCAAUUUUAACGCAGACAUAUUUGUAUCAUCAAAUUAAACUAUAAUAUAAUGAUAUUAUGAACUGGAGAAAUGUAUCCAUAUAAUUUGUUAUUUCAAUUGAAUUCGAAUAUAUUUGACAAUGUAGUGCCAAGAACUAAAGAUCUCACCUUGUCACGACUUUUCUGACAGUUUGACAGAACUAAAAGCGACAACGCCACUGUCAAAUCUACGAAAAAGAGUAAAGUCGAGCAAGAAACCAUUGCAAAUGUGUUAGCAGAAUAACAUUGACAAAAUUGGUAUUGUGUAACCAAAAAAUAUUGUUGUUUCUAUGUUUUUCGUGUAAUUUUAUUAUCAUCACAUAUAAAAACUGAUUUAAGCUUUUUUAUUUCUUUAAAUCUCAUCUUUCAUACAAAAUAUGCGUAGAAACAUCUCGUUUUAUGCAUGGUUUACAUAUGAGCAGUAAAAUAGAUAGUAGCGCUGGCCUGGCACGUAGUGUGGACACACUGGCACGAUGGUUAAGCCAGUAUGCGAUGUUUAUGCCGGUGUGGGCAAAUACUGGCAUAAUGUAGACCUGACUUACAUUAAAUCUGACCGUUUCUUAUCAAAUCUACAAAUAUGUUAUUCACUCGCUGUAUUCCAUUGUUACUUUUUAAAACAUUAAAGGAAUGUUUUGUUUUUUAUAUUUUAUGCCUGUGAUAUAUCUUGUGUUUUAUUAUAGUAGUUUAGAUUGUGUACCCGCUACACGUUUACAUACAAUUUCAAAAUUACCAAUAAAAAUUGAUAUAAAAAGAAAAAAAAACUGCGUUCAUGUCUAGAUGUCAUUUGGUAAAACGAAAAUUGUCUUUAUCGUAUACAUUAAAAUAUUCAAUUAGAAAAUGCUUAUUUAGUGAAAUACUCUAAUAUUUGUGUUUUGCUUUUAGUAUUAAACAUGUGUAUCGGUAUUUUAAAAGAUUUUUGGAGUGUCCCACCAAAUUGUAAAUUGUUUAAUAACAAUCAAACGUGUAAAGUAUUUGAUGGGAAUAUCGUAUUUUGUUACUUUAUCUGAAAUUGACGUCAUUUUUAAGCUAUCUGAGCGUCUAUCAGCCAGUGGUGGGACAGGUCCUUUAUUACGUAAGUAUAAAACAAUUCAUAUAUUCCAAAUUUAUGAUACACCGAUGUAAAAUGUUUUAGAUUUAUAGAACUUUCCUAAAAAACUAAUUGUGAAACAAGUAUAUUAAUCACAAAAAUCUUUUAGCUUACAUUGUUUUUAAUAUAAAGUAGUUCCUCAACUUGCUAGAAUAUGUACUAGACACGUCCUUUUUUCUUUCGUUUUUAGAUUUGUACUAAAAUAUGUGAGAUUGCAUCAUCCAUAAACAUUCGUAAGUUAGUCUCAAUUAUGUAAAUAAAGGAUACGAUUUAUUA